ACCUGGUUCAAUAUUAAAUAAGAACUUGAAAGUUCAACAUCGUAUUUUUAUUCUACUCAGUUUGAGAUUAUUUGUACGAAGGUAGCUUAUGAGUCUAAAAUCGAAUAAAAUGCUUUUGGCGUUUGUUGUUUUGUAUUGCUCUCUGGUCGUGGACUUUGGUUCAGUAUCUGCUCGAAAAAUAGAUAAAAAACGUCCACCCUCCUCUUCAUCUUCAGAACAAGAUGGCGAACUCAAUGCGUUGCAAAAAAACACCAAUCACCCUGUCCUAAAACAUCUUCAUCAAGCUUACCAUAACGAUAUGCAAAAGAAAGAAACCGAUUUACAUCAACUUCUUCUCCUGAAACAACAAUAUAUCGCCAGAAACCACCUGGAAGAAUUCGAGAUCGAUUUCGCCCUGAAUUUCGUACCCGAUUGGUCGAAAAUUGACAGAUGGAGUUCUACCGCUCGACAAGGUAUCGAAAUACGUCGUCAAAAAUGGGAAUACAUUUUCGAAAAACAUUCCGACGUGUCGAUUGUGAAAAGCUUGGCGGAUGAGUUGGCUAAUUCUGGAGUCAAUCGGUCAACAUUUUGUAAGGAGAUCGCCGAAGCUUGCUUUAUACUUUCCCAUAAUCCGUAUAUUUAUAGCAAAGGACCUAAGCUGAAUGAAAAUGGGCAUAAAGUCUCCGAACUGGUUCGUCAUCCUGUUAUGGAUAAAAGUCUGAAGAUAUUCAUGCGUACUCUUCCCGAUUCGGAGUUUAAAUUCAACGAAACCGAGGAGCUGGUGAAAAUUCCCAAAUCAGUGUACCAGAGUUUGUUACGAAAAGAUGUCCAAAUCAACCUUCUGAAAAAACAUCACGAGUCUGAGAUGAAACAAAAGCACGGUGAUCAUCAUUCGAAAAAUGGGCACGAACACUCUCAUCAUAGUCAUCAUGUGGAAACCAGCCCUCAACCUAAAACUCAGAGCCCUGAAACCACUAAUACCACGAGUGAGGCCACCACUAGUGCCACUGCUGAGGCCACCGCAGCCAGUUCGUCCUCUGAAAGUAGUGAUUCGGUGCUUGAUUCUUCCAAAAGUAGUGAUACUGAUACGGAUACUGAUACUAAUACGGAUACUGAUACUAAUACGGAUACAGAUACCAAUACGGAUACGGAUACUAAUACCGAUACGGAUACCAAUACCGAUACGGAUACGGAUGUCCAUACCGAUACUUCUGGCAGUGAGAGCGAUGACGAUACAAGUGGAGGAGCUAAGGAUGACAGCACUUCUUGGGAGUGGUCAAGUGACUCUGAUUAGAGUGAUUCGGGUUUAGAUAUUAAUUUUUGGGUUGUGAGGUUUUUUUGUGGCUGUUCGGUUAAUGAUCGACUCGAGUCGCUCAUUAUUUUGUAAAUAUUUAUGGAUUGGUUGAAGUUGAAACAUAUUUCUGUGUCUUGUAAAAAUUUUGUACCUUUAUUAUUUAUCUUCUACUUACUACUAGUUUUAGGUUAAAUACAUAAUUUAUUGUGCACCCCAA